UAUCAGGUCACCCAAUGAAGUCCUAGAUCGGCGAUUAUACAUGUCCUGUACAUACAUAAGGUACCUCCUUGGCGUCGAAAGUUUCCAGGCACGACAGCUGAUUGCUCCCCACGUUUGGCAGCCACUUGCACCCCUGCUUGACCCAAUGGGGACGAAGUUUAGCGGGAUCCUCCGCCUAGCUGACAAGCCAGCCUUAUUUACCUUUCCGGGUCUCCUUGGCUCACCUCAAGAAAGUUGAGGGGUGAGGAACGGUGUAAUACAGGCAACCCGCCGACAACCCAAGCAAGAGCGCUGCAUCUUGGCAAACCGUCAAUAUGGGGCUAGGUAUCCUCGAAGACAAUGUCAUGAAAGAUGUGCCUGGCACGACCAGGUACUUCGACGACCCCGAAAGACCUCAGUAUGCAAUAGACGGAGAAGUCAUAGUGACCGGUUUGAAGUGUGAUACGAGCGGACCGGUUCCCAUCAUCCUCGUUCCGCAGCCGUCCGAUGACCCCAACGAUCCGCUCAACUGGCCGCUUUGGAAGCGGGAUCUGAUCACCUUUAUCCUAUCCGUGACGGCCAUCUUCGCGACUUCGCUAGGCCCGAUCCUUGCCGCCAAUACCGUGACCUUGUCAUUUUGGUUUAAAAUCCCGUUCGGCAAGGCCGCGCUGCUGACGGGCUAUUUCCUCCUCGGCGUCGGCGUUGCUGGCUUCGUUUUCGUGCCGUCCGGCCGUAUAUGGGGGAAGAGACACCUGUUCAUCCUGGGGACGAUCAUUCUGAUCGCAUCUAGUGCAUGGUCAGGUGGGUGUGCGCCAGACAGGAACUACACAUGCAUGCUGUGGUCGCGCAUCUUCCAAGGCAUAGGAGCGGCUCCGUUUGAAAGCUUUGUCAACGCGGCUGUUGGAGACCUGUACUUUGUACAUCAACGGGGCAUUCGCAUGGCUUUCACCAACCUCGCGGUUUUCGGAGGCGCCUUCUUUACUCCCAUCCUCGUGGGCAAGAUUACCCACUCGCUGAAUUGGUGGUGGACCUUCUACCUGGUCUCCAUCUUCUGCACUGCGAGCCUGAUUGCAAUCAUCCUUUUCUGUCCCGAGACUGCGUACGUCCGAAGCGCGUCGCUCAAUUUGGACUUGGUCGCCCGUGAGAACGAAGUCGAAACGGAAGCCAAGACCAGGGACGAUCGCACAAGUGCCGACUGGGAGACCACGACAUUGGCCGCACCUGCUGCUGAUAAUGGUGGCAACCAGGUAGCAAGCGCGCCAAGGGAGCAACCGAAGCCGACACUCUGGCGAUGGCUCGCACUCUUCAAUGGGCGCAAGACAGAUGAGCAGUUCUGGAAACUUCUCCUGCGGCCACUGGUCAUGCUCCUCCAGCCCGCCUUCCUGUGGGCCUCUCUCAUCCAGGGCACCAUGAUCGGCUGGACUGUGUUCAUCGGCGUCACCCUGGCCCAGUUCACCAUAGCGACUCCGCUGUGGUGGAACGAGGUGAAAACGGGUUAUGCUUACGUCGGCCCCUUUGUCGGCGCAUUGCUGGGCUUCGCCAUUGCCGGCGGCCUCGCAGACUGGAGCGCGAAGGCGCUGACCAGGAGGAACGGCGGAGUCUACGAGCCAGAAUUUCGCAUCUUAUUGGUCAUCCCGCAGCUUAUCCUCGGCGGUAUAGGCUUGUACGGCUGGGGGAUCACCGCCGACGGCAUGCUGCUGAGGAAGUAUAAUGUGGUUGUGCCAUUGACGUUUUUCGGCUUGGAGGUCGCAGGUAUGGUUAUUGGUGCCGUGGCCAGCUCGCUGUACAUUGUCGAUGCCUAUCGAGACCUCGCGAUCGAAGGCUUUACUUGCAUGAUCAUCUUCAAGAACUUGUUCAGCUUUGCACUCACAUUCAAGGCCUAUGACUGGCUUAUCGAGAAUCAAACGCAUGCGAGACCUCUGUUUAACAUCAUCGGCUCUGUGCAAGUCGGAAUCUGCCUGACGAGCAUACCAAUGUACAUAUAUGGCAAGCGAAUUCGCAGCUACUUCCACCGAAACGACUUACUAGACCGGUUUAAUCUCAGGUAGUAUCCAAGCUUGUCGAGCCCUCAGUUUAGGAGAUAGAGGCCACCUAAUGAAACGUGCUGAGUUGAGAGGAGUUGGGCAAUUCCGGCGCAAACGGGAGCGGGAUCUUGCAUAUGUUUGUUUUCUGAUUUCUCAAAGUAUGACACAGCUCAAGCAAACGGAACAUUUUAAAUUACUACCCCUAAUCUUUUUUUAAGAUACUACCCUAAUCACUUCAAAUUACUACCCUAAUCAACAUGGAAAAUCUGAAGCAGCCUAGCCUGCGAUCUCCUGUCCUCUCGCGGAGAAACC